AUGCCAGUACAAAUUCGGACGCGACUUUGAGCGGUCCAAAAACGAACGUCUCAAGAAAAAAAUAAUUAAUUUGCAUGAAAGUGGCAGAAAGUGAGAACAGAAGUGUGGAAAACUCGCGAAUGAAGUGAAGAAAAAGAGCAUGGAUGAUAUGUGGAAGUUCAUAGGAGAUCGUGAGGUGGCGUAAGAGAGAAGCGUUUGGAAACUGAGAGACGAUAAAAGCAAAGAAAACGUGAUAAUAAAAUUUUUUAAGAUAUAAUAAAAGUAUUAAAAUUGCAUAAACAGCAAAAUUUUAAAAAAGAAUUUUAAGUACUUUGAAGUAAAAGCCAAAUUAAACACACACAUUCACAAAUAGAAAUAUAUUUAUGCAUACAUUUUUGUAUUCUGUAGACCAGGGUUUUUAGUAGUAAAUGUAUAAAGAAUCUUUCGCCGCGUGAGUUUUUGAAAGCUAAAAAAAAUAGCAAAAACGGAAAUAUACAGAAGUGGAAAUUGCAUGCCUUACAGCAAAAGUGCAAAUUCCAAAAUUUGAAGCAAUUAUUUACGUGCAUACAUACAAACAUACCUACACAUACACUUUUGUGAAUUAUACUUUUGGCGUGGAAGCGAUUCAAAAUUAAUUGUGCAAUCAAUCUUUGCGUCUUCUUAUAAAUCAUCGACAUUUUAAAAACUCGCAAGCAUAUAGUGUACGUAUUGUAUAUAAACACACACACAUAAGUGCCAUUUUGCGAGUGAGUGAAAAAAAGCUGCAGCGUACAAGCAAAAAUGCAGCGAUUCGUGUGCAUAGGACUCUUGCUGCUUAGCUUGACCACUAACGCCUGGGCCAUUCAAUGUUACUCAUGUGAAUCUAUUUACAACAAAAAUUGUGGUGCUGAUUUCGACUUGGAUGAUGAUUUUAAGUGGGACUGUUCGCGCGUUGCUCCGCCUCGUUAUCUAGAAAGCGACUUGGAUGUACGAAAUGCUACAGCUUGCAUGAAACGGGAAUACAAAGUGAAAGAUCUGCUUAGAAUCGAACGCAGCUGCUUCUUCGGUGACGUCAACGAUACGGUUAGCGGUUGCCAGUUGGAUCCAACGCUAGAGGAGGCGGAGCCGUUGUCGUGUCAUGUUUGCGACAAUGAAGACUUUUGCAAUCACAGUAAUCAGCUGAAGGCAUGGCCACAGUAUUUAGCGGUUGUGGGAUUUGUGUUGACAGCGAAACUCUUAUAUUGGCUGAGGUAAAACUUAUGCAAUGGAAGGGAAUCAUGGAGCUCAAUCCGCUUAUCUGGUGCCCAACACAAUCAAGGAUAGAAAUAGCAUUAUGUAAAUUAAUUAAUGUAUUUAUUUAUUAUAAUUUAUUAUUAAAAGUGGGAUGAUGUGCAACACUAAAGGAACAGAUUGAUAAACUAGAUUUUUUAAUAUAAUCGACUAUGCCAUAUAAAGAAAUGGAAAUACAAAAUUUUUACAUUAUUGAGUUUUUUAAAUUUAUUAUUUGUAUAAUAGUUUUUAAAGAAAUGAAUAAAGUAAAAAA